UUUGUUUAGGGCUGUGAGCAAGGUACAAGUGCUUAGAAGGUUUUAGGCAACUGCUGCUGAGUAAUUAAAACCUCUUUGGAGCUGGAGGGCUCAAGGAAAGAAUAGUUGUCUGCAGGCACUGCUAGUGAGAGCUCACAGCUACUAAAUAUAUUCUACAAAAAAUAAUUCCCUGCAUAUGAUUCAAAUACAGUAAAUACAUGCAAUUUCAGCUGAAAGAGAGAGGAAGAAAUAAAUAAUUAGGAGCCUUGCGAGGUGCUUGGGGUUGUUAAGCACCUUUUGCAAUCUUACAGUGCCAGUGUGAAGCGAAGAAACAGCCAGAAAGCUGAAGGCUCUGCAUUGACGUCACAAUGACACGGUGAAGCUGAAGGCAGGAGCUGGGAACAGUUCUUCUGCUUCACUUUUGAUAAUUGAGGGAGUUUGCCACCACUGCCUUCCUUCCAGCAUGGCCAAGAGUGCAGAAGUGAAGCUGGCGAUCUUCGGUCGGGCUGGCGUGGGCAAGUCAGCUCUCGUGGUGCGCUUCCUGACCAAGCGGUUCAUCUGGGAGUACGACCCAACGCUAGAGUCGACAUACCGUCACCAAGCUACCAUUGAUGAUGAAGUGGUUUCCAUGGAGAUACUAGACACAGCUGGCCAGGAGGAUGCCAUUCAGAAAGAGGGACACGUGCGAUGGGGCGAGGGCUUCGUGCUGGUUUACGACAUCACGGACAGAGGCAGCUUCGAGGAAAUGCUGCCGCUUAAGAACUUGUUGGAUGAAGUCAAAAAGCCCAAAAACGUCACCCUGAUCCUGGUGGGGAACAAAGCAGACCUGGAUCACUCCAGGCAAGUCAGCACGGAGGAAGGUGAAAAGCUGGCCACGGAACUUGCGUGUGCUUUUUACGAGUGCUCCGCUUGCACGGGAGAGGGGAACAUCAUGGAGGCCUUCUACGAGCUCUGCCGGGAGGUGCGGCGCCGCAAGAUGGUCCAGGGCAAGACUCGGAGGCGAAGCUCCACCACCCAUGUCAAGCAGGCCAUUAAUAAGAUGCUCACCAAAAUCAGCAGCUAAAAAGAGCUGUCCUAAGCCAGAGAAGAAUUUUAGAGCAUGUGAGCUUGAAUGGGGCAAGCAGAGCGCGUUUAAUGAGAAAUGGUCAAAUCUUUGCAAUGAAGAAAAAGAAACCCAAAAAGACAAACACCACCACUUUUUUUGAGUAACACGGAAUCAUACUAUUUUCCUGUUUUGAAAUGUAUUUAGCCACACUGCUCCUGACUAAUGUGGGAAAAAAAAAAACAAACACCAAAUGAACUCCAAAUGACUAGACAGUUGUGGGGAUUGGCAACCAAAAGAGAAUCUUCUGCUUCUACGUGGCUAGCUCCAAUCCCCUGCAAGUCAGUAGUGCCUAAACAUCACUUCCAGCCAGACAGCUGCUCAGUAGCCAUUGGAGAGUAAGAUUCAGCCCUCAGUCCAUCAACAACCAUCACAACUGGUGUUCUCCUGGACUGAAUACGUGCAGAGGCUGCUGUGCUGAAACACAAAGUUCACCUGACACCUUCACCAGCUCUGAGUUGGCUCAUUGUAUGCUUUCACUCCUUCCUUGUUAUUUUUGUCAAAUCCAUGAGUGUUGAUGUUCUUAGCAAAGUAUGCAAAAAAUAUAGGAAAGGUCUGUUUCCUGGAGUGUUUAGUCAGCUAGACACACAUUUCAAGAGAGCUAAAGUUCAGCUGCUUUUCCAGCUCCUCUGAAACUUCUGAGUUCUCCAGAAAUAAUCAUCUAGUCCAGCAGCAUUUUACCAUUUCCCCCUCAAAGCAUUGUACUGUGCUUGGGGAAAUGGGAGUAUGUGUGUUGGGAAACUGAAAAAAAAAAGAACCAUAUUACUAUUAAUGUAGCUAUGGAUAGUUUUUAGAUUUUUUUUUUCAGGUCUUUUUGUUUUUCAAUCCAAGUAGCUCCUCUUAGUCUCUUUUAUACCGAAGAGGAACCGAAUCCUUGGGAAGGCAAGUAUUUAAAGUCUAAGCCCAAACGUAAAUCAGAUCUGAAUGGCCUCUACCAUAUCAAAAGACCAUAAUUUUCAGCUGUUUAAAUUCCCAGAUGCUGCUUGGAGCACUCUGGGGCUCUGCUCAGUGCAGGUUUUUUGUGACUUUUAUCUGGCACAUUGAGGUGGAAACGCAUUUUAUCAGAUUUUGGUGCCUGGGAUAAAAGGUGUCCAGUGCUUUCCUUCUCCCUCAUCAUCUCAUUUAAGCCAUGUUUUGCCUCCUGUCUAGAUGGUUCCUUAACUGCUAAAAGAUGCAAGAACCAAGAUUGGAAGCUUUUAAAUCAGAUUGUGCUGGUCUCCAGCAGUGGUGUAGCAUCCCUUUGGGCAGCUCAGACUAUCAACAUGUAGAACCACAGCCAAGGGCUGGGAUGACAAAUUAGCAGUGUUCUCCUUUGGGGAACAGCCCUCUUGGAGCAUUUGCUUACGACUUCAUUCUCCACUGUUUUGUCCUUCAUGUGGUUAUUUGUGAGGAAGUAACUCCAAAAGCCUAUCGAAUUCAAAUUGCCACAGAUGUAGGAAAGUGAGUAAAUCUAGCUGGCUAGCACUUUGUAAAGCUACAGGUAGCCAUAUAGAUGGUGGAACAGGCUGAAGAGGCCAUGUGAACAGAGAAAAGUUCCAAAUUAUGACUCCUAUUAAAAGCAUUCACUUAAAGAUAUUUUACCAAAGUACCUUUUUUUUUUUUUUUAAACUUUCACUUUUACCCAACCAGCAAAGAGCAUCACAUUCAGAUGUAUAUUUUAUUUGGGCUGUUUGUUUUCUCUGCUUCUGCAUUCUAGGUGGUAAAAACUCAUUUCACUGUCCUGGAAUUAAUGUCUAUAUUUUGGUCCUCAUGUUCACAUGUGCUGCUGUACAUCAUUUGGACACACUGCAAUGGAAAUUCCACCACGUUCUUCUGGGCAGGGGGUUCUUGCAACAGGCCUCUGUGACACACUCAUUCCCAAACUACUCAUCACACCAUAAACUUUUUUUUAAAAAGGAAAAAAGGAAAAAAAAAAAAAAAGAGAAAUAGUGGUUUUGCCAUUUUUAGUAUUGUAGAAUCAACACAAGUGUAAAGAAGCGAGCUAGUGCCUGUGCACAAAGCAGAAUUCUUUAGCUGAGGGAUUGAAUUUGCCAGCAAUUUAGUUACAUUAGGAGCCAGAGUGAGCAUUUUUCAGUUGAAGCGCUGAGGUUCUGUUAUCUUUCAAAUCACUGCUGGUGCACAAAGUAAACAAAAUCUUUACCUGCAAUCCCAUGGCAACGUAGUCAUGUCUUUACUUUGGUGUGCUAAGCAAUUGGUUCAUCCCUCUUAGAAAAUCUCAGCAGUUCUUUUAUCUGAAAAUCCUUUCUUGGGGUUCAGGUUGGAGCUGCAUUUAAAAUACAAAAAGGUUCUAAAUGAAUGACAAGAGAAAAUAAUUAAUCAUAUUCAUAUGAGAAGAGUUGAAAGGAAGGGGAGGCCAAGUUACGGCCCUCAUACUUUCCGAAAGAUUUCCAGCAAAUUGUAUCUCCUUAAUAACAUCUGUGUGGAUAAAUUAUAAAAUCCUGGUGAAAAUAAAAUGUUCCACUGUGCAAACAUCCCUUGUUACAUAAAGAACCUCCAAUAAAAAUAGUAACAUUCCUUUGCAAAGACUGAAUUUGAAAACUGCCAAACGAGAUAAACACUUGGUCAGAAAGGAGGCUGCCAUUUUGUGACCUUUCCUCCAAAACUAACACAAACUUCUUUAAUUAAUUCCUCAUUAUUUUGUUUCCCUCUAAGCCAUUUCUGUUGAUACGCAGUGCAUAGCAUUAAAUGCAACUUGAUCUACUGUUGCCCAUCAUGUUGCAACCUAUUACUGGAUAUAUUAUAAAUCUGCCAUAUUCCCACAAUGUGCAAAUUGAGCCCAAAAUUGCCCAAGCAUUGAAAAGGCUGAGUGCAGCAUGAACCCACAUUCAGUAGCCUUUUCUGCAGCAGACAUCAGCAGAUUCAAUUCUGUUGAAUUUUCUGUUCAGUUUUCUCCUGCUGCUGUUUAAGUGUGUGUAUGUGACACUUACAUUGAAUUUCUCUCCUCUGCCACUUCUGCAGAGAGAGGACGGGAAAGAAGAUAAAAAUGGGGAGGAAAGGUGAAAGGGAUACUUGUUACCUUCAACAAGUUGAUUGUCAUUUAUGAAGUUUUUUAAAUAUUUAUCUUCAAUUGAUGAAGAGUUAGUCAUGCCCAUGCUGCAAGACCUGGAUCAGGACCCAAAACUUCCCUAGAACUCUGAGAAUCUUUGUAUCUGGGGGUUUGGUGCAACUACAGAUGGAAGUGAGGAUCAGCCACUGGAUUUGCACCUGGAUCCAGACAGGUUGUCCCCAACCUGGGGAUAGUUGGAUCUGGCAGUUUGCUACAAGGCUAGUUGAUUUUUAUAUAUAUAAUGAUCUGUAUGCAUUUUUACAUUAAAAAAUAUGAAAGCUUGUGCUUGUAGAUAAUAUAUAAGAAAAAAAUAAAAAAGAAAAAGCAAAUAUA